UGAACGUGCGUCUAAAAUUCAGUGUCUCCAGAGCCUCCUUGUGCGUCCACCAGACCAUAGGAGUCGGGGUCUAGUAUUUCGUGAUUUCGUUGUCAAGGUAACAGAAACUUUUACAAUAAUCGAGCGAGAAGUCCGCCAUUAAUAAUACAAGUAUGUAGAAAAGAAAAGCGAUCAAUUUACAACGAAUCCUAGUUUAAAAUGGCAGAGGUAAGAUUAUAUUUGUUGGUUUAUAUUCAAAUCUUUGUUUCAAAUUACGAAAUUUGAGGACAGCUUCUGUAGAAAAGUAGAAAACAUUAUAAAAACCAGUGUCCAAAUGUAUUUGUGAUUUUAUGUAUCAAUUGUAUGUUCAUGUUUAUUGUUUUUAUUUGUAUUUUUGGAUGUUUUAUACUAUCGUACUCGAAUAACGAUUGAAACGUUAAUUGCGCUAUAAAAUACUGAAUUACAAGGUAUCAGACGCAUUUUUGGUAUGUUAAAUUGUAAAGUAUUAACCAGUGUUUUUUUUACAAAAGCUAUCAAAAUGUAGUGUAAUGUAUCAUGGAAAUACGUGCAUACUUUGUAGUUGUAUUGUGAUGUUUGUGUCAACUUGUUUUUAUAGACAGAUUGUGUCGAGUUUCGUUACCCUAGUUCGGUCAUUGCAAGUUGUACUACAUUUUGCUAUUGUAGAACAUGGAUGAUCGCCAGAUGGUAUGGAUGUCACCAAAGUUGAAUCACAUCCAUACACUUAUGUUUAUGGACAUACCUACAUAUAUUUUUCAUGUUUCCAAUAAUUUCCCUAAGUUAUAGAAGAAUGUAGGCAUGUCCAUCAACUUUGAGCAUUUGGACUGUAUAAUUAGUUUCAGUGUCAUCCAUAGUAUUUCCUCCAUGAUAGUGGUACCGGGUGUCUGGAUGAAGAGCACAUUUUAUGUGCCAGGAAGUAUUUUCAUUGAAAUAAAGUAACUGAGUAGCAAACUAAUAACUAUAACUUAUUACUACAUUCAUUGUUACAUGCUAAUCAAGAUUGUGUACUGUCUCUGACCAGUAGGGAUGGAAUUGGUAAUUCCCUAUAGGAAUUCCUAUAGGAAUUGAUCAGAAUUUGCCAUAUGAAUUGCUAUAGGAAGUUUGGAUUCAGAUUUUCUAUCUCACAGGGAAUCAGUCUUAAUUGGUCGUUCCAGAAAAGAUCUACACUCCCCCCACAGAGGAAAUUUUUGCUGUCCGGAGGGGGAGGGGAGAAAAAAUUGUUUCUGAUAAUAAUAAAUGUAUUAGGACCUGUUCUUCCACUGAUCUCUAUUCCCAACUGAAGGGACGAGGCAGUAUUAGGACGUCCGAAGGGGUAGGGGGGACUAACUUCCAAUUUCCUUUGUUGGGUGGGGGAGGUAUGGAUGUUCUCUGGAAUGACUUAAUAGCACUCAUCAGGUGGCACUGCAUCUCUGAGUUGAGCUGCUUGAACAAGAUCAAAAACAAUGAUCAUCUGAUAAUUUGUUAGAAACUGCCCGAGAAACCUGCCUUUGAAGAAAAUGCUUUCGAAGUUUUGGAGCGUGAUUUUCAGGAGGUAAUACUCUACGAUUGUUAUUUUGUAUUGAAUUGUUUGUUUUGUACUAGAGAACAGUGUAUAAUGGACAAUGUCUAACAGAUUUCCCUUUGUAUUUAUGCCACUUAGUAAAGUUAGACUGAGUAUAUAAUUGGGGCAUUAUUUAUAAUUAGGUCCUGGGAGAGCUUAUGGGAGAUAAAAGCUUGGAGAAAUUCCGUGUGGAAUAUGAGAAACUGCAUCGAGCUUUGAAGAAAUCGCACGAGAGUGAAAAACGACUGAUGCAGAAAUGUCGAGAGCUAAAUGGAGAAAUUGUGGCGAAUGCAGCCAAGGUUCAAACUGCAUUAAAACUUUCACAAGAAGAUCAAAAUACAAUUUCCUCUCUCAAAAAAGUAAGUGCUAACUUCAGACUUCAGUGCAUACUAUUAUUAUUGCUUCAACAUUUGAGUUAAACACUCUUCAAGUUGUUACCAAGUGUAAAGGAAACUUUAAAAAAAAAAGGAAACUUUUGAAAAAUUAUGAUAUUUGUGAUGUUACUCUGAGUGAAAUUCCACACUGGGCAAGCUUGAAAAAAAUGCCCCGCCACAGUGGGAAUCGAACCUACGACCUUUGGAAUACUAGCGUGGGCUAGUAUUCCAAAAGUUAUAGGUUCGAUUCCCACCGUGGCCGGGCAUAUUUUUCAAGCUUGCCCGGUGUGGAUACACACUCAGAGUAACAUCACAAAUAUCAUAUUCACCUGAGUACACAACACCAACACAGAAAAAAUUUCGAAAAAUUGUUUUUGAUGGUACGUGUUACAGUACUAUACAUGAAAACGUAAUUUACUUUGAUUUAAAAAACAAUAGGAAAUCGAGAAAGCAUGGAAGAUGGUUGAUGCAGCUCAUGACAAGGAGCAGAGAGCAAGAGAAACAAUACAGUCGUUAAAAUUAGAGAUUUCAAACUUGAGCAAACUGGUUGAACAAGGUGCUGGUCUUUCUAUGGGACAGGAUCACAGGUUUGGAAAUCGUGCUUAAUCUAUGAUUACAUUUUUUCAGAGGUAGCCAAAAAUAAUUUGGAUACCCCCCAGAAAAUCCAUCUAUGAAAGAUAAGGACCAUAGCUAGGAAACUCUGGAGCCUAGACCCAGUUUUGUACUCCAGAACAGGCAUUGGUGAAAUUGAAAUCUUGAAAUAGGACCUGUAUUAAAUCUAUGUGGAAGAAAAUUAUGUAAAAUUUGACCAGUGUUUAUUUACUGAAUUUUAAAUCUUACUAGCAUAAAUGAGUUACUCAAAAUCAAGGAUGAUCUCACGAAAGAAAGAGAUGAAAAAUUACAAGAAAUUACCAAGGUAAGAGAAGAAAGAUAACGGCUGCUAAAUAUUUCAAGAAAUUAAAAUAAUCGUAAGGAAAGUGGGGUAUAUACAAACAUGCAGGAAAAGGCGAGUUAGACAAGGGAUUGGAUUAUAUAGCUGUCCUAUUUGAAACCAACUAACUUGCGUCAUUGUAUAGUUUCUUCAUUUUAUUUUAUAGCUUCGUGAAGAGCUGUCGUUGUUGUUGGGAAAACAGCAGAAAGCUGAACAAGAGAGGGGAGAAGCAGAAAUGAGAAUUGCUGAGGUUUGUUCUCAUUACGUAAAAAUACAAACCUUUUUCCCCAAGUGGGAAUUGCAAUAAAGCUAUAUGACAAAAGAAAAGUUAAGGAGAUUAAGGUUACAGGACACCCUUUUUGGCGUUUUGCGGAAAAUCGCUACUGCGCGCUCAAUAUCAGUCCGAUUUUCAUCAAAUUUUCACCAAAUGUUCGCCAGUGUAUGCAAAAUAUGGUAAAGUUGUAAAAUUAACAAACAAUAAAUAAUAUAAGAAUUAUUCAGGAAAAUAUUAAAUCGCGGUACCAUUACGCUUUUGAGUUGUGCUUCUGCUGGUUUUAAGUUAUAUUUAUGAAAAUAUCAUUUUUAUACAGUAAAAUAGUUGUUCUAAAAAAUUGUAUCCGGAAAUUUUUGUUUAUUUCGUCAUUCCGCUGAUAUGGCGAUUUCUUUGACGACUGCAAUAUAUUUCUGAAUUAUUUGAGUGAAUUGCUUUUUAUUAUUAAAAUAUCCAAAACUAAGAAAAAGCCGAACACAAUUUUGAAACUGACGUCUUUAGCUAUGUCCUGUGAAAAUUUGAGAGAAAUUCGUUAAAACCCGCAGGAGCACAACUCGUUUGAAAAUCUGUAAUUACCGUAAACUAUUUCGGGAGAAAAUUGAAUUUGAAUAUUACAUUUUCAAUGAUUUUCUUAAUGCAGUGAAAUGUAUUUUAUUAAAUAACUCUGCGAGUUUUCAACAUUUUUCGUUCAAACUUUGUCAGAUAGUAGAACUAGUCUAAUGCUUUCAUGGAAACCAAUAAAAAAAUUUUAGGCAAAAUUAACACUCAAAGGUGUUCUGUAACCUUAAGUACUAAAACGAUAAGAAGAGAAAAAUUUAAACAUAAUCGUAUAUAAUCAACCCAAUCAAUUUCAUGACAAGGUUUGGUCCUCGUGCAUGAUUCUAUGUUUUUGAAACUUUGUGUGACAGUUGAAGGAAGACAUUCAAGUGAAAAACAACGAGGCCCAACGCGAGAGUCGUAAGAAAGAGAAAAUGGAACGUGAAUUAAAGACGGCGAAAACUGAACUGGAGAGUAAAGGUGGAGAGUUGAAAACGAAACAAAAUCAACUCCAGAAAGCUUUGGACGAUAUCUCAAGAUUGGAACAACAACUCAAGGAGCAGAGGGUAAGUGAUAAUAUUAAAUUGGCAGUUUAUACUAAAAAACUUUUUUUUAACUGAAUUGUCUUUCUAUCAUGGAACAAUCUCUCUCCGAUCAUUCGUAACUAGGACUGUUCGGUAUACCGAUUUAUUGCCGAGCUGUUUUCCAAGACCUGCAAGGAUAUAGAAAUAUCGGUACUAAAUCAAUAUCGGUAUAUCGAUACCGGAUAUUCAACCAUACCGAUAUACCAAAAUUCCCGAUAUACCGGAAAUUUUCGGUAUACCGUGUUAAAUUUACCAACUAUAUGGCGAACCAUAACCUUUAUUUUACUACUGAAUGGCAAUUCAAAUAACUUUCUACUGUAAUGAUUUAGAAUUUCCACUUCAGUGUGAUUUUUUUUCAGCGUGUCGUUCGAAACAUGCUCGAAACAGCUUCGAAAUUAUCGUUUUCCCUUUUAGAAUUAUUCAAAAUUUCCUUCAAACUUCCAUUAAAGAAUUUUCCUUUAUAAUUAUCAAAGGAAAACCGGUAUACCGAUAAUAGCGGUAUAAUUUUUUCGGUAUACCGAUACCGGAAAUUUCUCAUACCGAACAUUCCUAUUUGUAACAGUUCGUCUGUUUCAUCCUUUAAGCUCCAGCUUCAUAUUCACUGUUCUUCUCAAUUAGACUCUUCUUUCGAUGUUAACAAAAUGCGCACUUGGAAAACCUACAUGCUGUUCUUUCAAAAAUAGUAAUAUACAAUUACUUUAUGGUUUCCGUGCAUGUUGGGAUGGCCUGAUCCAAACACGCGGGAAUGUUGCGAGAGUUAAGAAAAGCGCGCGAGUGUUCUAGUCCUUGUCUACUUGUUUUGUAUUAGGUUGGUCUUCACAUGGGACUCGUGUCCUGUUGACCAUACCUUCAAUCCUUGUUAUAUUUUCUGUGAUUGUAAAGUUAAUAAAUAAAUAGUUAUACUUACCGUUCACAAAAUGUGAUGUACAUCCAUAUUCCUGUAUAAAGCACCCUGCUUAAAAACCUCUGGUUAAACUAAAAUUAACACUGUUUGGGGUAUAUUAGUGCCCCUGGUUAAAUUUUCUGGGUGGUCUUGCAACAUUCCUGGAAUAACCAGAUUAUAUUAGGUGGAUUAGUAACCAAGAAUUCAUGCAUGCAUAAUCUGGUUAAUUGAACCAUAUAGCCUGAUUGAAUUAACCAGAUUAUAGCCACGAUAGUGAUCAAAUUAACUAUGCAGGUCUGUGGUUAAAUUAACCAGGAUAUUUACUCUUGAUUUCAAUUUGCUUUUCAAAACUGACUUCCAAUGUUUACUUGUAAAUUCGAAAUGUUCGUUGUAAAGUUCCGAAGUUUGUUUCGAAGUUCGUUUCGAUGAUUUACGAUAAUCAAGUUUAGUAAGUUGUAAUUGGCUAGUUAAGUGAACCAGCCAAUCAAAUCGCUUGCUAUUGAAUCAUCGUAAAUCAUUACGUUCUAUUUUCAAACAACAGCUGUAAGUUUGCAAAUUCCUCAGGGAAAGUAUGUCACAAGGUAUUAACAAAAAAUAACCAUGGUUCCAUCAAGUUUCCUCUGCUGUCAUUUUAGAUUCUAAACGAGAAAGCAACAAAAGACAACGACUUAUUAAACACUCGACUAACAAAGGUCCAACAAGACUUUGAAAGUCAGCUGUUGAACUGUGAUCAGUUGGCGGCUGAGAAUGGUCAGAAAAUGUUGGAACUUAAAGCGAAGGAAGACGAGAUCAAUAUAAUGAAACAAGACUCAGUACGAUUAACCAAGAUGAGAGAAACUAUACAAAGGAAACUGAGAACGACUGAAGAUCAGAAAAUGGAAGUCGAACAGCAGAAGGAAAUCUUAAAAAGUCAAAUUAGCGGAUUGGAGAAAGGUAACUACUAAUGUUCGUUUUUUAGCCACUUUCCACUUUUAGUGCGGUAUUAAAAUAAAAUUUUACUGCUCUUAACCGGAAGUUGCAAUUUAUGGAUGCCCAGAGGAGGGAAUAGGAAAAGAGGACGACUCGCAUGACUUAAGGUCCAGACACACCGGACGCGAUUCGACAACGCGAUUUUUUAGUUUUUGCAAGUUAAUAAAACAGCCAAUGAGAGAAAAUUUUGAAAGAUAUGUAGACCAAAUAACUCAAAAUGUUAUAGCGCUUCUAAAUAUUUGGAAAAUUUAAACUAGGAUCAAAGUUAUCGGUCAGUGAAAAUUGAAAAAUUGCGUCGCGUUGUCGAAUCGCGUCCGGUGUGUCUGGACCUUAAAGCCCGUUUUCCACUCACGUAUUUCGCCGCCGCUGGCGAAAAAUCACCACCGAAAAAGUUCAUUUGUUGUUCUUUCGCGCCGUCAACGAAAGGUCAAACAGAAGUUGAAAAUUUUAAGCAACUGUAGCAGGAGAACAAAUUUCUUCAGCGGCGAAUGAAUGUAAAAAAAUGAUUUCUUUGUCAAAUUUUUUCGCCAGCGGUGGCGAAAUACGUGAGUGGAAAACGGGCUUUAGGAGCAGGAAUUAAGACUAGACAAUCCGUCAGAGUCGCGAAAUUGUUGCACUUGUAUUAUUUAUCAUGCAGUAUUAUUGAAAUUACAUAAUUUGCAAUUUCUUAACUCUUUAUCUUGAUAGAGCUGGAAGCAAGUAAGAAACAAACUGAAGCUGAUAAAAAAGUCAUUGAUGAUCUCGUACGAGAGCGUGACAUUCUAAAUAAGGUAAAUGAGAAUUCUAAUUAUAAUUUGAUACUUUCAUUACACGGCUUUUCUAGUACCAAAAGUGGCGGUUGAAUUUUGUGUUAUAAUUCUGUUUUAGAAUCUACUUAAAGCAGCCAGUGCAACUCAGAAACAACUUGGUCUGGUCCGUUUGAAUGAACAGACGAGAAAAAACCUUGAACAGGAAAUUCAAGUGAGUAAUAAGAAAUGUCAUGACUGUAGUUAUACCUGCAACUGCUUUGCCCACCGCCCUUCCUUGAGGACGAUUUUUCUCUUUUACACACGUAUCUAUAUACAAUCGUAGACAUCCUACAUCUCAUAACAUCCUUCGAUACAAUUUCUUGCUGUAAUAAUUUAAUAAAACUGUUCUGAAUUUAGAACUAUAAAGAUGAAGCUCAGAAGCAAAGAAAGAUUAUUUUCCAACUGGAAAAAGAACGAGACAGGUACAUCAACGAGGCGGGAGAACUUACUCAGAAAGUCUUGCAACAUAUGGAAGAUGUUAAAGUGCGAGAAAUGCAGAUCUUUGAUUAUAAGAAGAAAAUAGCGGAGGCUGAAACCAAGUUAAAACAACAACAGGUGAGAAGCAAUGCUUAAUUAUAUUCUUUGUUCUUCACUUGAAGUGAUGGAAGCCCUGUUCAUUCACAAGAGAACAGAUACCUACUGUAGCUAGGUUUCCAGUCAAGGGAGAUAAAAGGGGAGGGAGCUCUAUUACUUUGCAUUAGUUUCACCAUAGUUAGUUCCUCAUUGAAACGUAAUAUAAGAUUAUUGCAACGAAUAUGUAACCACGCAUUAUACAGCAUAUCGUUAAAUAGUUUUAAUAUGCACGGGUGGGGUCGGGAAAAUGCCCCUGGAAAUCAAGAGUCUUUAAACAGUAUUUUUAUACAUGUUUUGAUGAUAACUUGACAUCAAAAUCAUUUAACACAUUACUGCACUUUUAAUUACAAACUAACCUUAACACCGGACUCAAUGCUUCGACGCUUCAAACAAAGAUCCCGUUGUAGGGAAAUUAUGUGUUUUCUUCUAUUUGAUGUAUACCUAUAGGGUGCUUUCCAUUAAUCCGGUCAGAACGGUCAAAUUGUUGAAUGAAACUUAAAACGUUUGGGCUUCGGACCUAUCUGACCAGAAAAUUUAGAUAAAAUUAGAAUGAGGUCCAUUUUCGCUAGAUAUUUGAGAAACAUAGACCAAAUCUUUCCAUUGAUACAGAGACAAAAAUUCGGGUCUGACCGGCCGGCUAUUAAAUGGAAAGCGUUCGUAUACUCUCGUUUCGUAGAUGGAAAUUUUGAGUGUACGGUAGAUCUCCAAAUUUCUUAUAUUACUCCUACUCUCGUAUCCAUAAUGAUCCAUGUAACAUGAUCUAAAAGUAAUUUUUCAUUUGCAGAAUUUAUACGAAGCCGUACGCAGUGACAGAAACCUGUACAGCAAGAACUUGAUAGAAUCUCAAGAUGAGAUCACUGAGAUGAAACGAAAGUUGAAGAUUAUGAAUCAUCAGAUAGAUCAGCUCAAAGAAGAAAUCACCGCGAAGGAAUCCGCUCUUGUGAAAGAACAUUUGGAACACCAGCGAGUGGAGAAGGAAAAAGAUGCUUUGAAGGCUGAGCUCCAGAGAAUGAAACAAGAAGCCGCCGAGUCGAAGGCUUACAUUGAACAACAGGAGUCCGAAGAAAGGAAAUUGUUGAAGAUUAUCUCUGAAGCGGAUCAAGAACGAAUGAGACAGAAGAAGGAACUCGACCAGGUGGGUUCUGUUACCGGUUGUUACCUUGAUAAAAAAAAAGUAGGGGUCCAGCAGGGGUGCACCCUGUGUGGAGUAGGCAAAGUUUUGCUUGGUUGGGAAAUACCAUCUUGGUGUAAUAUUCCUGGUAUAUAUAUAUAUAUAUAUAUAUAUAUAUAUAUAUAUAUAUAUAUAUAUAUAUAUAUAUAUAUAUAUAUAUAUAUAUAUAUAUAUAUAUAUAUAUAUAUAUAUAUAUAUAUAUAUAUAUAUAUAUAUAUUAAAUACUUUGAGGGUGCAAUCUCCUAGUGUUAAACUGGCUGAAACCUUGACUUACCAUGAUGGUUUUUUACUCUCGUUCAAACAGGUGAUAAGUGAAAGAGAUAUACUAGGUACUCAGCUGGUGCGACGCAACGAUGAACUGGCACUUCUGUAUGAGAAAAUCAAAAUUCAACAAUCCACACUAAACAAAGGUAUGUCACUGUAGAUAGCACUCUUGCUUGAGUUUUAUCCAGGAUUGUGAUGAGCUGCUCUAUGUGCAGGAUUAAUGUGCCUUUCCCAUAGAGUCCAUAGCAUCGUACUUACGGCAAUUAUAAUAUGUAGGUGAGAUCCAGUACAGACAACGUUUAGAGGACAUCAGAUUACUGAAGUUAGAGAUCAAGAAAUUACGACGUGAGAAAGGAAUACUGACUAAGAAUGUUGCCAACAUUGAAGAUCUCAGGUACACACCACAGCUAGACAGCUCCGAGUCCUCGUGGAUUCACGAGACAACCCUGGUCCUUCGUAAAAAUCCUAAAACGUGCAUGAUUUUGUUUCAGACGUGAGGUGUAUCACACUCAACGUGAACUACUACGUGAGAGAACACGUUGCAAAGCUUUGGAGGAAGAAUUGGAGAAUCCCAUGAAUAUCCAUCGAUGGAGAAAGCUUGAGGUACUAACAUCUCUAUAUAUAUAAAAUAAAAAAAUUGUAUAAGAAAAUGGGUAAAUAUCAAGAUUUUCUUUAAUUUCCAUCUACAAAAUCCAUCAACUAUUUUCUCAAUCGAGUGAGAUGCCAACAAAAUCUUGAUUCCUGAAUUGAAAUCUUGAUAUUACUAAAUUUUCAUUAAUUUUGAUCUAGGCAAGAAGAACAAAAGUCUAUAGUUUAGUCAUAAUUAGUUUAUAAAUUUAGUCUAUGAAUUUUGUCAUCCAUUCAAUAUUAAAAAAGUUUUAAAUUACAAACAUUCAGGGCAGUGAUCCAAGUACAUAUGAAAUGAUUCAGAAGAUACAAACUUUACAGAGAAGACUUAUUCAGAAAACAGAAGAGGUAAACAUUUUCUUUGUAGUUGCAUCGAAACUGGGUCAGCACUCCACAUUGCAUCAUUGCGUCAGCCAUUCAACCUACAUGUAUAUGAACAAACAACUGAGUAUACUCACCUAAAUUCCCACCGCUUUUACUAUCAAAGUAUCCCACUGUUUAUGCUCGCAUCACCUUAAUAUAAUAUAAAAAUAAUUACCUGUAACUCACUCGUUUUGAUAGGUUGUUGAAAAAGAACUCCUUAUUCAAGAAAAAGAGAAGUUGUAUAUGGAACUAAAACAAAUCUUAGCGCGCCAACCAGGACCUGAGGUGGCUGAGCAAGUACAAUUAUACCAACAAACAUUGAAAGAUAAAACUAAGCAGUUGAAGAGCAUGGCCUCAGAACUCAACAUGUACGAGGCACAGGUAAAGGAAUACCAAUAUGAACUUGAAAGAUUGUCGAAAGAACUGCAAGAAGCGAAGAAGAAAUAUUAUAUGCAGAAACGAAAGGAACAACAAGCACGGUACGUGUAUAUUUAACUAUGUAGUAUCUCAAAUAUGGAUUGCUUACUGCAUUGAUCGGAAGUCGGAAUUACGGAGGAUCGAAACUCCAUUCAGUCUAAUCAUAACAUGAAGUCUCAGGACUUGGUAAAAACUUCAUUGAAUAAAUAAGUUUUAGGUCUUAGAAAUUGAACAAACUGAGCCCCAGUGAGCUGGAACUGACGUCCAAUAGCUCCUUUAAUUUCCGCAAUCUUGGCAAGGAGUGUCGAAAUUUCGUAUUUUGACUUCGCCUUCAAGACUAGUAUUAUGAUUUUAUGAACUGAAAAUUUGGAUGUGGCUGGGGAAAAUGGUAUAAAAACUGUUUACGACCUUCAGAGCUAUUGGACGUCAAUGGCCGCCAUCUUGGCUUCACUUUUCUUAUAGUCCGAAUGACUGAAGUUCUUACUCCAGAUAUAUAUAGAGAUCACUGGUGAACCCUAGGACCUGACCACAAAUUUACUCAAUGCUACGAGAUGUUCAAAACCUUAUAUGAAGAUCUGCGGGCGAUUUUAUUGCAUGCCAUUUGCAGGAAUGCAAAUAGUUCAAUGAGUGACUGGAUGGCAUCGCGAACUGUGAAUUUCCAAAGUAACGGAAUCUGUGACUGCUAUUGCUAUAUUGUUUUAUUCUAGUUCCUACAAAACGCCUAUUUUACUUUUUAGGCGGAAAGAAAAAAUACAAUAAUUCUCAUCCUUUUCAAACAAUCUAAAAUAUCUGGGAGGUUCCAAAACAGCUUCCCUUAAUAGGGGUUCGAUUGCAUUUUAAUUUUAUAUGUAUUUUAUUCCAGUGAGCGAGAGAGAACAAUGCAACAGGCAAACUUGCCACCAUUUGCACCUCAAAGAACUGAUGGUCCAAGAUUCACAGGUGGAGGAUUCAAUCUUCAACAACCACCGAAAGCCGUCGCAUAAUGUUCUUGGUCGUAUGUAACUAUGAAUAUUUAAUGUUGUCUGUAUAGUUGUAUAUAACUGGCUAUUUUAUUGUCUUGAAUAUAACCUAAUUUCGUAACCGUUAUCGUGUUGGUUCCAUCAAAGAGCAACAAAUACUGCGUAUAAAUAUACAUGGUGUUUCAACAAAACAAAACCAAACCUAACGAAAUAAAAUACCCUUUGGAAAGUACAAUACGUCACUCUGGUUAUAGAGCCUUCGUUUCGUAUAUUUGAUAUUGGGUAUCGCCCAACGUCUCAAUAAGGAAAACGAGGCUCUAUAGCCAAGAUGACGUACUUUCCGAAAGCGUGUAUUAUGCUGUACUUGUAUGGCGAAAUAUAUACUGUAACAAUCCCGUACCUAGAGUAUGCCCUUUGUACAGUAGGUAAGGAGCACCUAACCUGCGAACGAGCAUGCUCUGGGUUACGAGAUUGAUAACGAAAUACGAAAUUGAUUAGCCUCCUCCGCUGGCAACUCUUGUGGCAUCCCAAAUGGCAAACUUUUGAAAAAUCCCCAUAAAAAAAGAGCAAUACUGUCGCGAACGGCGAAUUAAUGUUGUUUUGGCCGAGUAGUAAUAAAAUUAAGGGGAUUGGGUCGGGGGAUAGGCGGAUAAAGGGGGAUCUUGGGGGAUAAAAUACGAGGAGAGGAGAAAAACGAGGGGAGGGAGAGUUUCUUAAUUUUAAAACGAGGGGAGGAAGAGUCCCCUUCCUUUCUCUUCCCGCCCCGCCCCCUUCCCACCUUUCCCUUCCGCCUUUCCCCCGACCCAAUCCCCUUAAUUUUAUUACUACUCGGCCAAAACAACAUUAAUUCGCCGUUCGCGACAGUAUUGCUCUUUUUUUAUGGGGAUUUUUCAAAAGUUUGCCAUUUGGGAUGCCACAAGAGUUGCCUGCGGAGGAGGCUAGAUUGAUAAAUCUCACAGCUUGUCAACAAGAUGUGUUCGCACUGCUUGUUCCCAGUUGUGAACAAGUCUGAAACAAAUUGUUAUAUAAUCUUAUAACAUGGUUGAUGAACCAUAUCGUCAAAAUAGUUGAUAAACUUGAUUACUGCAUGGGAUGCAUUUAUAUUUUAGGUAUAAUAACUUGUAUCCAAUAUGUAUGUAUCUGAUUUACCACGGCUCGUCUUGUAAAUCAGUUACAGACUGGCUGCUCUUGCAUGUUUUAUAUGUUACAUUGUUACUUGAACUUAUAUUUUUUAAUUCUCGAAUUUCUUCAAUUAACUGUGAUAUCUAUUUAACAAUUAGUCGCCGAAGGCGAGGUUUCGGCGAGGUGAUUACAAGCCUAUAUUCACUGAGCUGAAGGCGAAGUGAAUAUAGGCUUGUAAUCACCGAGCCUGAGGCGACUAAUUGUUUUAGUAUAAAUUUCCAGGUGUUUACAAACAAUAAUCCACACAACUUUAUAAAAAUUCACUUCAAAUAAAUUUAUUUUCGCUAUAAAUAGUUUGUUUACAAAAUUUAAAUCUCAGACACGGCUCUGUGUCGCGUUGCAACUAAGCCAGUUUUUUUCCAAAUAAAAGCACGUAAAGUUUAAUAUUUUACCUUGAAAUAUUUUUAAACCAUAUUUUGUAGCUUGUUUGGGUUUUUUCGGAAUGCUAUCUUCUUUAAUUUUGGCAAUUUCCUCUUCUGUUACUACGGCGAAACGAGCAGCCAUUUUGAAAAAAAGCUAUAGUCACUGACCAGUGACUAUCACUUCAGAGACAGUGAAUCUUGACCAAUCAAAAUGUAGAAAAAUCAAUAGCCACCUGGAAAUUUAUACUAAAUAUAUAUAUAUAUACAUCGACACGUAAAUGAAGUCAUUCAUUCAAAUCGUUUAGCAGACAAAGUACGAAAAAGAAGUUUUUGGUUUGUGAUACAAAUAUGUGGUUAAAUUUUUACAACAUUUUCUUUCAUAAAGUUUAAACUAAUCUAUUUUUAAAUUCAUACCAUGCCUGAAGAUUUGGUCGCGAUAUGUUCUAGAGCACUCGAUACUAUAAAAGAUGGAGCAGAUAGUAUAAUUUUGAAAUUUUCUCGGAUUCUUUUGUUCUUUGAUAAUUGUAUACCUGCAUCAUGAAAAGGAGCAACUUUCCUUUGCCCAUGUGUAAAAUUAUGUGCAACUAAAUUGGGAACGAAAGAUUUGUUUUCUAAUAUUUCAAUGCAGUAUUUACAUGAGUAUAUUGCUGCGUAAUCAUCACCGUUCCAGGUAAAGUAUCUUGACUGCAAGGAGUGCAGUUAUGAUCGCUCAGAUUAAAUGAUCAUAAUUCAUUCCAUAGUUCAUGUCUUUUGGUUUCCAGUUUUCCAGAAUCAUUGGCGCAUCAGGUAUUUUCCCGUUUAUGUGGCGUGUUUCUGCCUUAUUCAUAUUUUUACACUUACUAUACUCUCCCAUAAUGAAUAAUCCGCUGGUAUUUUCACCAUUCUGAUGACGAGCUUUGUGAAGCAACAAUCGAAGAUCCACCAACUGUAGUGGUCGUAAGGCAGUCGGAUUAUAAUUCACCAUUGGGCACAUAACAUCGCUCGCGAACUUCAUUUUCAUACAAUGUGAUGACUGUUGGCUUCCCGUCCAUCUUUCUUGGAUGCCAUUCGCUGCUCUCCCGACAUAUACUUGUGUUCGGAAGGGAAGAUUAUUGCCGUCUUCUGCAUGGUCGUCUUCCUCAACAACUGCCCAGUAAAGUUGUUUGUCCCCAGUCGGCAAGUUGUUAAAAUUCUUUUUUUUUGAAUUGCCAUGUAUAUAUUUUCUCAAAACUUCAUUGGUUAUCCAAUUUAUAUUAAUAUUCGGCCCAUUUCUUCUUCUCCACCCAUUGUGCCCGUCGAAUGUCCAUUGCGCCCAGCUGUUGCCGCGCAUUGAGCGGGCAUAAAUAGGGGGGCAAAGUUCUUGAUAAGUCAGAUUACGGAUUUUUUGUAACUCUUUUUGUGCACGCCAAAGCCUUGUAAUCACGUGUGCUUUUCUGAUAUUGUACGUCCGAUACGUGUCGCGUAAUUUACAAAAUCGGUAGAAAUGGAAGGCAGCAGGAGCAGCAGCAAUAGGAGCAACAACGGCAGGAGCAGCAGCAGCGGCGGGAGCAACAGCGGCAGGAGCAACAGCAACAGCAGCAGCGGCAGGAGCAGGAGCAACUUCAUUUGGAAUUGGUAUCCAUCUAUAUUUGUACUGGUUUUCGAAAAGCUCUUGCACCUUCUGACGACUAUACUCCGUCACGUCCAUACCCAAUGGGGAUGCGAAAUGCUUGAUUUCCAAAAGUGGGCAUUCAAUAUUUUUCACCGCUUUCUUUUUCAGUUUAUGGCACAGAAUUUUUACCUUUUCAUCUUGAUUGUUUGGUAAUCCUUCAUGAACACCUAAUUCAUUUGCCAAGGCAUUGUGAAAUUCAGCAUCUUGUUCGUGAAAUGCAAUAUUUAGGGUCUGUAAGGCGUUUUGUAGGUCGUUUAUAUUCACAGUCUCUGGCCCUUGAACAUGCGCAGUCUCCGCCGCCAUAAUUUUAUUAUUUUAAAUGUUCAGGUCGUGAGUUUGUUCCAGGAUGAUUA